AUCCCAUACGUAUGUACUACUAAAUCAUUUCAUUUCAUUAUUAUUAUACAUACAAUACAAUACAAUAAGUAGACUAGCAGUUGUUAACAAAUACCUCCACAUUUCUCGCUAUUUCAGUUGUUACUAGUAAUUUUUAAUAAUCUCCCAACCCAAAUAAACUGCUCCUUAAAAAAUUACUUUUAAUUAGUAAUAAUAAUUAAUCCAGCACUUGAUAGUAAAAUUAAAUUGAAAAAAUUAAAAGAUUAUGCAAAAACUUAGCGGUAGCGCAGGGGAAUGUUGGGGCGGAUUUACGCGAUGUUUAAUAAGAAGAAAGCCAGUCGAUACAUCACCAGUCGCUAAAGCUGGUGGAUUUCAGUUAGCCAAACGCCUCUCUGUUUUUGAUCUCAUCGCUAUCGGAGUUGGAGCAACAAUAGGAGCAGGAGUGUAUAUACUUGUUGGAACAGUUGCUAAAGAACAAACAGGUCCUGCUAUAACCCUAUCCUUUCUUAUUGCUGGAAUAGCCGCUGGCCUUUCCGCAUUGUGUUAUGCCGAACUAGCCUGUCGCUGUCCCUCUGCCGGAAGUGCCUAUCACUAUUCUUACUUGUGUGUUGGGGAAGGUGUUGCUUGGUUAAUUGGUUGGUCUCUUAUAUUGGAAUACUCACUUGGUGGAGCAGCUGUGGCUCGUGGCAUAUCCCCAAAUAUGGCGCUGUUUUUUGGAGGUCAAGAUGGGCUGCCGUCUUUCUUGGCUCGUCCAACCAUUCUUGGAAUUGUAGUUGAUCCCUCUGCUGCUGUUCUGGUCUUCAUUAUUACUGGACUACUGUGCACUGGAAUUAAAGAGAGUUCACUGGCACAAGGCAUAAUUACAACUAUAAAUGUUGUAGCCUUGCUUUUCAUCAUAAUAGCGGGUGGAUAUGUAGGUUGGAAGACUAAGUGGGUUGGAUAUGAAAUUCCUGGCGGGUAUUUCCCUUUUGGGGCUAAUGGAGUACUUGCUGGGUCUGCAACAGUCUUUUUCUCAUAUGUUGGCUUUGAUGCGGUCACUAGUACAGCCGAAGAGGUAGUGAAUCCUCAAAGAGAUUUACCUAUCGGGAUCGGGGUCUCAUUGUUUACAUGCUGUGUUUUGUAUAUGCUUGUAUCUGCUGUUGUGAUUGGCUUGGUUCCCUGUUCUGCAUUAGACCCUGACACACCUAUUGCCUCUGCUUUUGCUAGUUAUGGGAUGAAUUGGGCAGUAUACAUUGUAACAAUUGGAGCUGUUACUGCAUUAUGUGCUGCUUUAAUUGGGGGGAUCCUUCCUCAGCCGCGGAUCCUGAUGGCAAUGGCUAGGGAUGGUUUACUACCGUCAUUCUUUUCUGAUAUAAAUAAACGAACUCAUGUUCCAGUUAAGAGUACAAUUGCAACUGGAAUUUUCAUUGCAUCUCUCGCAUUUUCAAUGAAUGUUGACCAAUUAGCAGGCAUGGUUAGCGUGGGUACUUUGUUGGCAUUUACCGCUGUUGCAGUUUCAAUCUUAUUACUCAGAUAUAUUCCUCCUGAUAUCACCUUCGUGCAAGCACCUUCCUCAGAAUCGCUUGAUUUAGUCUCUUCAGAAUUUUGUAAUGAUAUUACAGAUAUUUAUAUAAAAAAUCACAAAGAUCUUGUGGGGCAUUAUCGUACUCAAAAAGAUGAAGAACAGGAAGCAAGAAGACGAAAGAUUGCUGCUUGGAGCAUAGCUAUUGUUUGUGUAGGAGUGCUCGUACUUGCAUCUGCUGCUUCAGCCAAAAGCAUUCCCAAUGUUCCUCGCUUCAUGUUAUGUGGGCUAGGAGGUGCCGCUCUAUUGUCAAGUCUGACUAUCUUGACCUGCAUAGAUCAGGAUGAUGCUAGGCUCACCUUUGGAGAAACCGGAGGAUUUGUCUGCCCAUUUGUGCCUUUUUUACCCGUUGCCUGCAUUCUUGUGAAUACCUACCUUCUUAUUAAUCUCGGACUUGACACUUGGAUUCGAGUGUCGGUGUGGCUGGUGAUCGGAGUGUUCGUUUAUGCAUUCUAUGGAAGGAAACAUAGCCUACUAGUAGAUGCCGUGUACAUGCCAAUUGUGCCUGAAAAUGAACACGAAAUUCAUGAUACCAUUUCAUAGCAUUCUGUGUUUGUACAACUUAUAUCAUUAUGCUAUUUUGACAGGGGUUUUGUUGUAAGCUAUGUGAAUAUUUAUUUUGCUGUACUUUGUGUUUACUGAAGUCAGUUUUGUGCUCAUAUGAAUUGGCACUUAAAGAACUUAACCAUAUUUUUUCUUCAAA